AAAUAUUUCAGUUAGAAAUGGACCAUUUUGGACUCCUUCUACUCGAACUUGGUAUGGAGGAACGUCAAGUCAAUAUUAUGAGACAAGUCCUUCACAAUCAAGAAUGAUUUGAGCCAUUCACCUGAUUCAGGUACCUUUCUAAGAACAAUCAGUCUGGAUGAAUUCAACAUAAGGACAUUACUGCAUUUUUCAAGAAACAUAAACUUCUGCAUAACAAAUUUGAAGCAGUUUGCUUGAUAAAAGCACUAGACCAGAACAACGACGGGUCAAUAGGGUACUCAGAUUUCCUAAAUUUCAUCAAGCCAAACCCAGGAGAGACCAAACAGAAAAUAUCAACGGUCUCAAAGCAUGGCCACGAGCUUGACUCAGACGUUGAAAUUGCACUACUAAGACUCUUCCAGAGAGAACUGGAACUACACAGAAAACUUGAAGGACUCAAGACUAAGCUCAUCGAAGAGGAGAAAGUCUGCUUACAAGAGUCAUUCUUCUACUUCUUACCUGAAUGAAACACCAGAAAUUUCUUCACAAUACGAAAUCUCCAAGAAUUUAUGACAAACCAAUGCCAGUUUGAGCUGAUUGAUGAAGAGAUUCAAUCAAUCUUUAGAAGACUUGAUAGGGAUAGAAAUGGCCAGGUUUCCUGCGAAGAUUUUGCCAAUGUAAUUCUCCCCCUUCACUUUGAUAAACAAGAGCAAAUUAAUUGGAUGUACAGACAAAUCGAGAGAAAUUGCCCAGCCACAUCCAUCAUUGACUCUGAUAGUUCAUACACAGAAUCAAUAGAAAUCCCAGUCAGGACCAAAAAGAAGACUAAGACCAAGAAAUCAUUAAAAAGCAGCUACAAAAGCACCACUUCCAGGGCUUCCCUUAAGUCCAAAGUGUCAACAAGCUCGAGGCUAUCCUUGGCUUCAAAAUUUUCGACAAAUCAGUCCAUGAAAAGCAAGUCAAAGACGGCCUGCCCUAACAAGUCUGUGAAACCAAAGAAACAUAGCUUAAAAUCGAAAGAAAAGAGGAAAAAGUUCACCAGAAGAAUGGAAGCCUGCGUUGACAAGUGCAGAGAUAUGUUCGAGAAAAAGAGAGUUGACAGACUCUCCAAGAAGAAGCCAUCUAGAUAUCAGAGUCUCACUGAGGACGACUUUGACAAAAGAAUUCCUGUAGCGGAGCUACUCAAGGAGAACAAGCCGUAUUUUGGGCUAGAGGUCCAAGGCCCUGAGGAAUUUAAGGGCUCAAAAUCCAUGUCUGAUAACCAGAUCAAACUAGAGCAUCUAAAGCAAGAACUUUGCCAUAGAGAAGACUUUAAUAUCUUUGAGGUAUACAAGAUGUACUUCGAUACUCAAUCUAAGGGUGCUAUAUCUCAAGAAGACUUCAACACGGCUCUUAGAAAGCUAGGAUGUACUAAAAAGAUAGAACUAGACGCCGAGAUCAGAUACUCCGAAUUCUGAAGCAUCUUACUCCCAAUGUCAAAAUCCCAUGCCGACCUAGCCAUCAACAGGACCCCAAUCUACACCAACUACUCCAACCAGAACAAUGAUCUCUCCCUCAGAUCCCCUCUCGACACCUCUUCAGUCUCCUCAAUCUCCGAUCUCUUCACUGGAAACACGCACAAAACCCUUCAAGACUCCCUUUCAGCUGUUUUCUCCCAGUACAUAAUCUGAAAAAUGGAAGAAAUCUCUCAAACCCAUAAAUUCCUGGUGCCUUCAAGAACUUUAUCAGACCUUGACACGAAUUAUUGCUUCUAAAUUUCCCUAA